AUGGCUGCGGAUGAUAAUCAGCGGAAUGGGGGAGUGGAAGAUGAGAUUAAGGAUAGGAAGGAGAUGUUGGAGAGGCAAGCUGCGGAAGAUUCGCAAGCCUCUGAUAAUGAUGGUGGCGAGCGCCCCGUCCGGAAUAAGUUAAAGCAGACGUCUAUUACCUCGGCGCCUAAGGUUACUACGGAAGAUGAUAAUAUGUCGAUUGGGAAUACGCAUGAAGGGGAUUCCAGCCGGGCGAGCAGUAGGGGUAGGAAGCGGUCGUUUGAUGAGGAUCCGCCGGAGAUCAAUGAAGAUGAAUCCGGGCAUAGACGCAAGCGGUCGCGUGACUCAAACACCGAGGAGGAGAAUACGGGUGAUGAUAAAAAGGAAGAGAAGGUGGAGGAGCUAUCGCGCAAGAUUCUGAGUCCGAAGAAGAAAAGGAGUAGGGACCAGUUGGAUAAGGAUGAACCGAAGGUUGCGGCUGCCGGGGAGAAGUUGGCUCAGGUUACUGCGGAGGAGGCGUCGACAGAGAAGUCGGGUGUGGAGGGACAGCCUGAGAAGAAGAGACAUACGGAUGAUUCAAGAGAAAAGGAGACGGCUCCGAUUACCAGUGCGUUUGCGAAUACGUCGUCUGUCUCACCGUUCGGUGCGAUGGGUGCUGCGAAGUCGAAGGAAGAGGAAUCACCGAAGCCGAAUGCAGCCACGUCGUCAUCUGCCUUUGCUGCGUCAAGUCUGGCCGCGUUUGCCAGCUCGGAACAAUCGCCCUUUGGCUCUCUGGGUAGUUCAACUCCCUCCAUCUUCAAGUCUCCAGCCUCGACGGACUCCCCUCAACCGGCCGCGACCGGAUUUGCUGCUGCAGCUGGCUCAUCGGGAUUCGCUGCCCUGGGCUCUGGUUUCUCGGGAUUCAGUGGUGGUUUUGGAUCUGCCAAACCCGCCGGCGGCCUCACGAGCUUUGCCUCCCCUGCUGGACCUGGUAUUCUGGGCUCUUCCAAGUCCUCUGGUUUCGGCGCCCCUGAUGAUGAGGAGGACAAGGAGGAGGAGGACGAAGAGGCAGGCGCAACCGGACCAGGCGAGUUCGAGCAAGAUAAGACGGAUGAGAGAUUCUUCGAACGGCCGAUCGAGACCGGCGAGGAGAAUGAGAAAACAUACUUCUCAUGCAAGGCGAAGCUGUUCCAGUUCACCGAUAGAGAGUGGAAAGAGCGCGGCAUCGGGACCUUCAAGGUCAAUGUACGCGUCACCGAUGGUGUGGAAGACAAGAAGGCGGCUCGGAUGAUCAUGCGCGCAGACGGUGUGCUGCGCGUGAUGUUGAACACACCCAUCUUCAAGGGCAUGACGGUAGGCGACGGGCAGGGCAAGGAGCCCAAGUCGAAGCAGAUUCACCUGGCCAGCCUGGAGAACGACCGGUCCAUUCCCAUCCUACUUCGGACGGGAAGCGAGGAUCUCGCCAAGGAGCUGUACCGCGUGGUGCGCGAACUCCAGGAACACCAGUAA